CGAACUGGAAAACAUCCUCUGUGUGGUGACGUGCCGUGACGUCAUUCUCCGACAAUGAUGGCUGCCGCUGGAGCUUCAGCCUCAGAUAUCAGGCAGAAAAGACCCCUGUCUGGAGCUCCUGCAGCCCUAUAAACCACUGCUAUCAGCGUCCCGCAGUACUUGAAAAAUCACCUGAAGGGAUAAUGAGGAACACUUGGGGCGGCUGUUUGAAAAUAUCGCAAUAUUUCCCCUGAAUAUGUGUUUCGCGGAGCAGCGAAAAACAGCCGUUAAUCUGAGGGUGAUUUUCUGCUCGCGAUGAUUCACUGGUAAUUUUCCAGCAGCUCGAGACUCUCCUCAGACAAAAACACCAAGACAAUUCAUAAAAAUGAAAUUUACCGAGCAUCUAUCUGCCCACAUCACCCCGGAGUGGAGGAAACAAUACAUUCAAUAUGAGGCUUUUAAAGAAAUGUUGUACUCCGCCCAGGAUCAAGCCCCAUCAAUUGAAGUCACAGAUGAAGACACUGUCAAGAGAUACUAUGCCAAGUUUGAGGAGAAGUUCUUCCAAACAUGUGAGAAGGAGCUGGCCAAAAUCAACACUUUCUAUUCAGAGAAGCUUGCCGAAGCACAGCGGCGUUUCGCCACGCUACAGAAUGAGCUGCAGUCGUCUCUGGACGCACAGCGGGAGAGCCGUCGAGCCACAGGCCUGCACCGCCGUCGCGCUGUCUUCCACCUGUCGCAGCAGGAGCGCUGCAAACAUCGCAAUAUCAAAGACCUGCAGCUGGCCUUCAGCGAGUUCUACCUCAGCCUUAUCCUGCUGCAGAACUACCAGAAUCUAAACUUCACAGGUUUUCGGAAGAUUUUGAAGAAGCAUGACAAGAUCUUUGAGACGAUGCGAGGUGCUGAUUGGCGUGAGCUUCAUGUUGAAGUGGCUCCUUUUUACACCUGUAAGAAGAUCACUCAGCUCAUCUCUGAAACCGAGGCUCUUGUUACCGCAGAGCUGGAAGGAGGAGACCGACAGAAAGCUAUGAAGAGGCUCCGAGUGCCCCCGCUGGGAGCAGCGCAGCCUGCACCAGCAUGGACCACUUUUAGAGUAGGACUCUACUGUGGCGUCUUCGUCGCUUUAACAGUCACAGUCAUCAUCACAGUUGUGGGAAAACUGCUUGGUGGAGAGGGGGAGAAUGUGUGGCCCCUGGUAAGAAUUUAUCGGGGUGGUUUCCUGCUCAUCGAAUUCCUUUUCUUGUUGGGUAUCAACACAUAUGGCUGGAGACAGGCUGGCGUGAACCACGUCUUAAUAUUCGAGCUCAACCCCCGCAACAACCUGUCCCACCAACAUCUCUUUGAGAUUGCUGGUUUCCUUGGAGUUCUUUGGUGCGUCAGUAUUCUGUCCUGCCUCUUCGCGAAGGACACAAUGAUCCCUAUACUAGUGAACCCUCUAGCUCUCUAUGGGUUCUUCUUCUUCUUCCUUAUCAACCCUUUCAAAACAUGCUACUACAAAUCUCGCUUCUGGCUGCUCAAAUUACUGUUUCGAGUGGUUACAGCUCCAUUUCACAGAGUUGGGUUUGCAGAUUUCUGGCUGGCUGACCAACUCAACUCUCUAGUAGUGCUUCUGAUGGAUCUGGAGUACAUGAUCUGCUUCUACAGUAUAGAGCUGAACUGGACCAAUUCUAAGGGGAAGCUAUUGAGUAAAGGUGAAGGGAUUUGUCACACAUAUUCAUAUGGAGUACGAGCUGUAAUCCAGUGUUUGCCUGCCUGGUUCCGGUUUGUGCAAUGCCUGAGGCGUUACCGGGACACAAAGCGUGCCUUCCCUCACCUGGCCAAUGCUGGCAAAUACUCCACUACUUUCUUCGUGGUCAUCUUUUAUGCGCUCUAUAAGACUCAUGAAAGUUUUCAGGAAGGUCAAGUCUUCUUGUAUCUGAUGAUUGCCUGCAAGAUCAUUAACUCCUGCUACACCUUAAUCUGGGACCUGAAGAUGGACUGGGGUCUGUUUGACAAAAACGCAGGGGAGAACACCCUUCUCAGAGAGGAGAUAGUAUAUCCACAGAAAGCUUACUAUUACUGUGCCAUAAUAGAAGAUGUAAUCUUGCGCUUUGCGUGGACCAUUCCGCUUUCCCUUGGGAUUGUGACUGCAUACCCUAACAUUUCUGAUAUUUUGGCCACUAUCCUCGCACCUCUGGAGGUCUUCAGGCGCUUUGUUUGGAACUUCUUCCGUCUGGAGAACGAACACCUGAAUAACUGUGGUGAGUUCAGAGCGGUGCGGGACAUCUCAGUAGCGCCUCUGAAUGCAGAUGACCUGACGCUGCUGGAGCAAAUGAUGGACCAGGAGGAUGGUGUGAGGAACAGAAAAGGAAAGAAGAACUGGAAGAGAAGCUACAGCAUGUCCUUGAGAAGACCACGCCUCUCCUCCCAGUCGAAAGUCCGAGACACCAAAGUCCUGAUAGAGGACACAGAUGACGACACCUGACCUUUGCAUCCGCAAUGGCUUGAUAAAGUGUUUUUUAAAGGACCAUAGACCUCAGUGAGCCUCGACUCUUCAGAAGCUAUCCAAUCAAUCCAUCACAAAGCUGCCUGA